AUGAACUCCCUACGUAUUGCCCGUACGGCUCUGCGAGCGCGUCCUGCAGCUAUCAGGGCCCCAUUACAGCGUAGAGGAUAUGCUGAAGCCGUGUCGGAUAAGAUCAAGUUGAGUUUGGCUCUACCACAUCAGUCCGUCUACAAGUCGCAAGAUGUCGUCCAAGUCAACAUCCCAGCCGAAUCCGGAGAGAUGGGUGUUCUCGCAAACCACGUUCCAUCAAUUGAGCAGUUGAAGCCAGGACUCGUAGAGGUUAUUGAGGAGAGCGGUGGAAGCAAGCAGUUUUUCUUGUCUGGAGGCUUUGCUAUCGUUCAGCCAAACUCGGAAUUGAGCAUUAAUGCUGUGGAAGGGUUCCCAUUAGAGGAUUUCAGCGCCGACGCUGUCCGAUCACAAAUCUCAGAGGCACAGAAAAUCGUUGGUGGAAGUGGAAGUGAGCAAGACAUUGCUGAGGCGAAGAUUGAGCUCGAGGUUCUUGAGAGCUUGCAAGCUGCUUUGAAGUAA